CCCAGCGCGGGGGGGCGCCGCAGUAAGUGGGACCAGCCCGGCCCGUCUCCCGCCUUCCUUCUCCCCGGCACGGCGCCGCUGCCCGGGCGCCCCUUUCCCGGCGGCGGAGAUGGCGGCUCUGCUGUGGCGGGCUCCGAGAGCUCCGCAGCCCCCUCGGGAGCCCUGGAUGCGGCCGCGGCCGUGGCGGCGAAAAUCAACGCGAUGUUAAUGGCCAAAGGGAAGCUGAAGCCGGCGGCCAGCACGGCGGACAAGCUGCAGGCUCUGGGAAAAGGUCCGGCUACAAGUAAAAGCAAAGAUGACCUUGUGGUGGCAGAGGUGGAAAUCAACGAUGUCCCCCUCACGUGCAGAAACCUGCUGACGAGAGGACAGACUCAGGAUGAGAUAAGUCGACUGAGUGGAGCAGCCGUCUCUACUCGAGGGAGAUUCAUGACCGCAGAAGAGAAAGCAAAAGUGGGACCUGGAGAUCGUCCUUUGUAUCUCCAUGUCCAGGGUCAGACACGGGAAUUGGUUGACAGAGCUGUUAACCGAAUUAAAGAGAUAAUAACUAAUGGAGUAGUAAAAGCAGCCACGGGUUCUAGUCCGACGUUCAACGGAGCUACGGUUACUGUCUAUCACCAGCCAGCCCCUAUUACUCAGUUGUCUCCAGCAGUGGGCCAAAAACCUCCAUUCCAGUCAGGGAUGCAUUAUGUCCAGGACAAGUUAUUUGUUGGUCUGGAACAUGCUGUACCUACAUUUAACGUGAAGGAGAAGGUGGAAGGGCCUGGUUGCUCCUACUUGCAGCACAUUCAAAUUGAAACGGGUGCCAAAGUCUUUCUUCGUGGGAAAGGCUCAGGUUGCAUAGAACCAGCAUCAGGCAGAGAAGCUUUUGAACCCAUGUACAUCUACAUCAGUCACCCAAAGCCAGAAGGUUUGGCAGCUGCUAAAAAGCUGUGUGAGAAUCUAUUGCAAACCGUUCAUGCUGAAUACUCCCGAUUUGUGAAUCAGAUAACCACUGCAGUACCCUUAGCAGGCUUCACACAGCCUGCCGCUAUAAAUAGCGUACCUUCCCAGCCAUCGUAUUACCCUUCCAAUGGGUAUCAGUCUGGUUAUCCUGUUGUUCCCCCUCCUCAACAACCAGUUCAGCCGCCGUAUGGUGUACCAGGCAUAGUGCCCCCUGCAGUGCCGUUGGCACCUGGAGUCUUAACAACACUACCUACAGGAGUUCCGCCUGUGCCGACACAGUAUCCAAUAUCCCAAGUACAGCCUCCAGCCAGCACUGGCCAGAGUCCACUGAGUGGUCCUUUUCUUCCUGCUGCCCCAGUAAAAACAACCGUGCCGACUGGUACGCAGCCACAAGUCCAACCCCAUCCCCAAGGUCAAAAGAGACGCUUCACUGAAGAACUACCGGAUGAGAGAGAGUCAGGACUGCUGGGAUAUCAGCAUGGACCCAUUCAUAUGACUAAUUUAGGUACAGGCUUCUCCAGUCAGAGUGAAAUCGAUGGAGCCGGGUCGAAGCCAGCAAGUUCCUCAGGAAAGGAGAGAGAGAGGGACAGGCAGUUGAUGCCUCCGCCAGCUUUUCCUGUCACUGGGAUGAAAUCGGAAUCUGAAGAAAGAAACGGUGCGGGGUCUUUACCAGGCAACCAUGAUCAUCAAGCUAAGAAGAUGAAAACUGCAGAAAAGGGCUUUGGAUUAGUGGCAUAUGCUGGAGAUUCCUCAGAUGAAGAGGAGGAACAUGGUGGCCAUAAAAACGCAAGUACUUUUUCACAGGGAUGGAGUUUGGGAUACCAGUACCCUUCCUCACAACAGCGAGCUAAACAACAGAUGCCAUUUUGGAUGGCACCGUAAAAGCUGCAGAA